AUGGAACUUCUCACUUCACAACUCUAUAUAAAGGCUUUUGCAGCUAAGCUCUCACUGGCUUAUGGGAUUCUGUGUACACAAACACCUGAUUUCUAUAAACCCACUUCAUCCAUUUCCUCUUCUUGUAACAAACAAAUGAAGAUAUUUGAUUGGAUGCAAAGUAAGCUUACCGGAAAAACCCUGAUUAAGAAGCCAAGCUCAAAAGUUUUUUAUGAUGACAAGGUGCAAAAACCUCCCAAAGAAGAAGUGAAUGAGUGGCCUCAUGGAUUGCUGACAAUUGGGACAUUAGGAAAUGGCGACUUGAAAGAAGAUCAACAGAGCAACCCACCACCCUCCCCAAAAAACCAUCCCCAUGGAUUUACACCAGAGGAAGUAAGAAACAUUCAGAAUGAGUUGAACUCCUACUUGAAUGAAGAAGCUGAUCAUCAAUCAAAUUCAGGCACAGAGCUUGAAAAAGUUCCAAACUUUCUUCCACUGGACACGUUUCUAAACAGACAGUCAAGCUUGAAAGCUGAGAGAAAUGGUAACAAUGCAGAUUGUGAUGAGUCUAAAGAAAAUGGCAGUCGCUUCCAACAGAGCGGCAGUGUUGUUCUCAGCCGAGGGAAAGAUGUUUGUUUGGAGAACACAAACACUGCCAUUGGCAAAAAGUCGUUGUCUUUUCUCCUCAAGAAGGUGUUUGUUUGUAGAAGUGGGUUUGCACCAGCUGCUGCUCCUGGUCUAAGAGAUCCAAUCCUUGAGUCAAGAAUGGAGAAGAUAUUGAAGGCAAUACUUCACAAGAAGAUAUACCCCAAAAAUUCAAGUGCUUCAACAAUGUCCAUGAAAAAGUACUUGGAGAACAGACACAAUAUUGCCAAGUCUGCCAAUGAUGAAGAAAUAAAUAUUGAUAAGGAAGAUGAGGGAAGCAAAUGGGUCAAGACUGAUUCUGAAUAUAUUGUUCUAGAGAUAUAG